AUGAAUCUAAUAAAUUUUGUUAUAAAUUUAAUUAUUUUAUUUAUUCUAAUAUAUAUCACGAGAGAACAUGAUAUUAAUGAAGAGAUUUUAAAAUUUUUAACAAAUACAAAUUUUGAAAUAAAUUCAUUAGUUAAAAGAGAUGUCUUUCAAGAAUUAAAUGAAAUAAGUCGUGUAAAACGUAGUAAAAAAAAAUCCAAACCAACUACAACAGAUAAACCGAAAAGUUCAGAAAAUGAUAAUCCUUUUGGAUCUAGUGAAAAUGGUCAAAAUUUAGAAGGUUUAGAAGGUGAUUUUGGUGAAAAUGGUUUUGAUUUGUCAAAUUAUAAUGAAACAAAUGGUUUGAACGAUUACAAUCCAUUUGAAACUGAAGAUGAAACAACUAAAACUACUAAAAAAACAGCUAAAAAACCAAAAGGCAAAGAUAGUACGAAUAAGAAAAAAGGUGGAUCAGACAAAGACAAGGAUUUGAAAAAUUCUCUUGAUUCUGAAGAUUUAGCAAAUGAAAAAUUAGGACAAGAUGGUGGAAAUGAUUUUAACACAGAUUCUUUGGAAGGAAACAAAAGCAACGAAGAUAAUGAGGUUAUUAAAAAAGUAAAUAAAAAACCAAACGGCAAGGGUAGUAAGAAAAAGACUACAAAAAAAAAGAAAACGACUACAACGACUGAAAGACCUUUAGAUGAUAACGGAUUAGAUGAAUUACCAAAUCCAACAUACAAUGAAGGAGAUGAUUAUAUUCCUACUUUAGAUCCUUUUGGUGGAAAUAAUGAAAUUGAAGAAGAAGAAGGUUCUAAAAAAAAAAACAAAAAGUCAAAAGACAACAAUAGCAAUAAAAAGAAAAAAGAAAAAAAGAAACCCACAGAAAUACCUGGUGAUUCUACAGAAAAUAGUGAAAUAAAUGGUUUACCGGAUUUAAAUCCUGAUGAAAAUAAAAAUUAUGAUCCUUUGGAAGAUCCUUAUGGUAGUGGUAAUGAAAUUGAUGAAGAAAAUGAUUCUAAAGGAAAAUCUAAAAAAACAAAAAGCAAGGAUAAGAAGGAAAAAAAUAAAUCUUCAAAAACGAACAAAAAUGUUAUAAAUUCUCUUGAAUCUGAAGGUCCUCCAGACGAAAAUUUAGAUCAAAAUUAUGAAAAUAUUUCUAAUUUAGAUUCUUUAGAUGAUAAUAAUAAUAUUGGUGAAGAAGAAGGCUCUAAAAAAAAAAACAAAGAAUCAUCAGGCAAGGAUAAUAAAGGAAAAAAUAAAGAUGGAAAGAAACCAGCAAAAGGGACUGGAAAAGAUUUAGAUAAUUUAGGAUUAGGAGAUUUAUCAGGCACAAAUUUUGAUCCAAAUAAUGAUGAAUAUCCUAGUGCAGAUCCUUUUGAUGAUAAUAAUACCAUUACGGAAGAUAAAGAUUCAAAAAAAAAUAAAAAACCGAAAGGCAAAGGUGGUAAAGGAAACAAAAAGAAUAAAAAGAAAUCUUCAAAAGCGACAGAUAAUUCUAUAGAAAAUAGUGAACCAAAAGAUGAUGGAAAUGAAUUUCCUGGAGAUGGAGAUAAUGAUCUUAAUGAUGAUAUUUUUGGUGGAGAUUCAAAUCAGAAUAUAAAAGACUCAGAAGAAGAGGAAGUAAAAGGAAAAAAAAAAGGAAAACCAAAAAAAAAAGGAAAGCCAAAAAAAUCAAAUCAAAAAAAGAAAAAAAAAGUUGAAGAAGAAGAAGAAGGAAUAGAAGGAGAUGAAGAUAAUAAUAGUAAUAAUAAUGGAAGUAACAGCAAUGAACAAAAUGAUUCAAAUGAAGGUGCGCCCAAUAGUGAAGAGAAUCCGUCUGAUGACAACAGCUUUGAUAAUAAUGAUGAUAGAAAUCAUAAUAAUAAUAACAACAAUAGGAAUAACAAUAGGAAUAACAAUAAUAAUAAUAAUAAUGAUGAUGUACAAGAUGACAAUUAUGAUAAUCCAAAAAUGAAUUCGAAUUAUUAUCCUGGUCCCAUUGAGGAUGAUGGAAAACCUAUGAAUAUGGAAGAUUAUACUAACAAGUUAAACGGUAAUACAGGAAAUGGUAAUAUGGGAAAUGGUAAUAUGGGUAAUAUGGGUAAUAUGGGAAAUGGCAAUAUGGCUCCUAUGGGUCCUAACGCAAAUAUGGGUCCUAUGGGGGGAAAUAUGAACAAUUUUCAACAACAUAAUAAACCAAGUGGAAUUGCAAAAUUUUUUAGUAAUCCAAUGGUUCAGAUGGGAGGUGGAAUGCUUGUUGGACUUGGAGGUGGUAUACUGAUGCAACGAAUGCAAAUGAGGAGAAUGAAGAAAAAUAUGAUGCAGCAACAGGCAAUGAUGACAGGCAUGAAUCCAUUUGCAUUUAAACAACAACAUAAAUUGCAAAAAGCACAAUAUAAAAUGUGGAAAGCGGAAUACAAUAGACAAACCGGAAGAGGAAACAUUUUUCGUAGAAUUUUCAGACGCAGAAGACGAUAUCCGCCGAACUUUGAAGCUAAUAGUUUUAAUGGUCCAAACAUGGGCUUUAAUGGUAAUCAAAAUAGAGGUUUUGGUGGUAACGGUAUGGGCGGUAAUUACUAUUAG